CCUGUCUGAAAUAAGAUUUGAUAGUGAACAAUCGACCGGUUGACCGGGCAUUCGAUAAUUGACUGACAAGAUUGUUUGUGCAUUUGAAAAUACCUGUUUAAUAUGUCAUGGAAACUAUUUGGUACUUUAAAAGUGAACUUAUCCUCCAUUCUAGUUAUGAUCAGUUUGGGAUGAAGGAUGCAGUCCAUCAUGUUAAUGAUUUGCUGGAACAUUUAAAUUGGGGAGAUUUAUUUUGAUAUUACUUCGACCCUGACAAAGCCCAUGAGAAUAACUGAUUUCACCCAAGCAUAUUGAAGUGUGCUGUUGGAUUAGAAGCGAUGACUGCUAACGUACGAUCACAACCACUCAUUUUAGACGAAUUUGUCAAUGGAGAAGAUCCUGAACCUGAUCUGCGGAUAAUAUUUCUGAAUAUAAGACCACAAUGGACCAAAGAAGACAAAAUAAAGCUAAAUCCCUGUCCUGGAUCUGGCUUCCUCAACAUCACCCUUCUAGCAACCUACGAUGGCAAAACAGCAGAUGCUGUGGUGGUCCGGAUCUUCAUUCAGGCCAUCGAGUUCAUGAUGAACAGAGAACGCGAGUUAGCUGCCACGAUGGUGUUUAAUGAAAGAGGGUUAACACCAAAAAUUUACUGCAUCUUCGAAAAUGGAGUCUGUAUGGAGUACAUAUUUGGAGAGCGCUUUGAUUGGAGGAGGUUGGCAGAGAAACCACUAAAUGAUGAAAAAAUUCUAAGAUCAGUAGCGAGAGAACUGGCAAAAUACCACAGUAAAAAAACAAGUGACAUUGCUAAAGAGAAAUAUGGCCACCUCUUCCCAAUGGUUCCAGAGCUAAAGAUCAAAGCGGAGGCGUUUUUGAGUAAUUGGCCGGAAACGCUAGGCGAAGAAGAGGCUGAUGAAUUAUUUAAGACGAAAUACCCAAGCAAAGCAUGGAUAGAAUCUGAGUGGAAAGAGAUGUUUGCUAUGAUGGAAGGGACUGGUGUGCCACUUACGUUAUGUCAUCAUGAUGCCCAUCCGUCCAAUAUGCUUUACCUGCCCGAAGACGAUCGGGUCAUUUUUGUCGACUACGAGAUGUCAGGAUUUUCUUGGCCGACUCAGGAUUUGGCUACUUUCCUAGAAUUUUCUGCGACAGGAUUGGUCAUCGACCGUGUCUUCCCAGAGCCGCAUCCACCAGCACUGAGAAAGAUAUUUCUGAGGGAGUACCUGGAAACGCAGAGGAUUCUAGGAGAUCUAGAUCAUGACGUCACGGACCAUGAUGUGGAGAGACUCUUCGUCCUAGUCGAGAAAGCAGCAUUACCACACUUCUUGUUUUAUAUUGCCUGUGGCAUUGUGUGUGCCAGGGGCCCUGAGAGAAACGGCGUCCCCAAAAAGGACUUGGUACGGCGCACUUGCAAUGAACACGGAUGGUACAUGAGAAACAAAGAGAGAAUCCUGGCUUUAGAAGUCCCACAGUAAAUUUGGUGAAACAUAAUGUAGACAUAUGAAUAAGUGGUCGUACCGGGAAAUCAGAAAAGGCGUAGAUUUUUGUUGGGCAAAGCAGAGUCACAUUUCAAUAGCCAAACUUAUCUUGAAGAUAUUUUUAUAUAAAGAUAAAAAUCCAAGCCUUUCUGAUAUCCCGCGACAGCAAUUCAUACCAGUGUAUACACUAUCACCACACGUUGAUGGACAGUGGACCAGCUUCCUGUAGUAUCUUCCAUUUCAACAUUACCACAGCGCUGCAUGCCACACGUUGAUGAACAGUGGACCAGCUUCCUUUAGUAUAUUCCAUUUCAACAUUACCACUGCGCUGCAUGCCACACGUUGAUGGACAGUGGACCAGCUUCCUUUAGUAUCUUCCAUUUCAACAUUACCACAGCGCUGCAUGACACACAUUGAUGGAUAAUGGGCCAGCUUCCUUUAGUAUCUUCCAUUUCAACAUUACCACAACACUGCAUGACACACGCUGAUGGAUAGUGGACCAGCUUUCUUAAGUAUCUUCCAUUUCAACAUUACCACAGCACUGCAUGACACACGUUGAUGGAUAGUGGACCAGCUUUCUUAAGUAUCUUCCAUUUCAACAUUACCACAGCACUGCAUGACACACGCUGAUGGAUAGUGGACCAGCUUUCUUAAGUAUCUUCCAUUUCAACAUUACCACAGCACUGCAUGACACACGUUGAUGGA